GCCUUGACUCACACAUACACCGCCGUCGUCUGCACGCCAGGGGAAGGGGAGGCAUUUCACGUCUCUGGACUAUACAUAAGAUUAAAUUUCCACUGAGAAGUAUGAAUGUUUAAAAGCGCACUGACUUCGGCGAUGCUGGAGAGGAGGCCUGGUCAAUAAAGAAUUUCUGACAGCGGCAACUGCAACAAUUCGACUCAUCACUUGAUCAGUGGAAUGCAGACUUACCCAUUUGGAAGGUGCUGUGGUUUUCUGGGGAAAAGUAAAUCAUGUAUUUGACCUACUACUCAUAAAACGGAAAAUACAACCACAGCAGUAAUCCUACUUUCACCAGAGGGUGAGAUGCAUAAAUCGGUCUUUUAACAUGUGGAGUAAACUAGAUUUUUAGGGCAGUUUUAGAUUUCAAAGCACCAAGUACUUUGUGAGGUUUUUUCAGGCUUUCAGAAGUUUUCCCUCAAUGGAGAUACUCAGAGGAGUAUCAAGAUGAAGAAUCAAGUGAAAAUAAACUCUUAAAUACUAGGGGGCUUUAGAAAACUGGGACCUUACUAUUUCAGCAGUGCUAUUUUGGAAAAGGAAAGAUAAAUUAAUACGCUAGACUGGGAAUAAAUCUCUCCUCUGCAGUGGAUUAAUAGAAACGGAACAUUAGAAAAGAAGGGAUUAGCAACACGGUUGGAAGAUGAUGAUGGAGAACUGGAGAUGCAGUGUGAGGUUUCCGCAGGCCUCCGUGUUGCUCGGACUGAUGGUGGCCGCUGCUGUGACCACAGCCCUGGAGUUUGACGGCCUGCCGGGCCAGUGGGUCCGCUACGGACCCUGGGAAGCGGGUACAACAGGAGAACUGAGCUUCACCUUGAAGACCAACAUCAGCAAAGCCGUGGUGCUGUACUUGGACGAUGGUGGCAACUGCGAUUUCCUGGAGCUUCUCAUUAACAACGGUCGUCUGCAAUUGCGUUUCGCAAUCCACUGCGGUGAGCCGGCCUCGUUGCACAUGGAGACACACAUUGAUGACGAGCGCUGGCAUCGCGUGCUGCUCACACGGAAUUAUCGUGAGACCAUGCUAGUGAUGGACGGAGAGGCCAAAGUGACGGAGGUGAAAUCCAAGCGUAGAGAGAUGAUGGUGGCCAGUGAUUUGUAUGUGGGCGGGAUUCCACCAGAUGUCCGUCUAUCAGCCCUCACAUCCAGCACUGUCAAAUACGAGCCACCUUUCCGUGGCCUCAUUGCCAACCUGAAGUUAGGAGAGACUCCUCCUGUCCUCCUGGACAGCCAGGGGGUGAAAAAUGAUCUGGAAUACCUGUGUACAAAACAAAACCCAUGCAGCAAUGGAGGACGCUGCUCAAUUCGUGAAAGUGAGGUGCUGUGUGACUGCACCAAUACUGGCUACAUAGGGAAAUACUGCACAGAAGCUCUCCAGCAAGAUUUAGGAGGUCUGGCGCACCUGACGUUAAAGAGCCAAGCCCCAGGAGCAGCUCCUCUGAUGGCCAAUCCUGCAGCAGGUAAUCCAGAAUCGGGCCAAGUGGAUUCAGUGGCCACGUUCAAGGGUAACGAGUUCUUCAGCUACGACCUGUCCCAGAAGCCCAUCCAGAGCAGCACAGACGAGAUCACCCUGUCUUUCCGAACGCUGCAGCGAAACGGCCUCCUUCUCCACACCGGCAAGUCUGCCGACUAUGUCAACUUGUCUCUGAAGAGUGGAGCCGUGUGCCUGGUCAUCAACCUGGGCUCAGGCGCUUUCGAGGCUCUGGUGGAACCAUCUGACGGCAAGUUCAACGACAAUGCCUGGCACGUGGUACGCGUGUCCCGCAACCUGCGUCAGCGCGCAGGGGUUGGACUCCCUACGGUAAACAAACUGCAUUAUAUGGUAACAAUAUCAGUGGAUGGGCUGUUGACUACCACAGGCUACACUCAGGAGGACUACACAAUGCUGGGCUCUGAUGAUUUCUUCUACGUGGGUGGCAGUCCAAACACUGCAGAUCUGCCCGGCUCCCCAGUGAGCAACAACUUCAUGGGCUGCCUUAAGGAUGUGGUGUACACCAAUAAUGAGUUCAGACUGGAGCUCUCCCGUCUGGCUGAAUUGCGUAAUCCCAAGAUCACUCUCCACGGUGACCUGACCUUCCGCUGCGAAGAUGUCACUGCUUUAGACCCCAUCAGUUUCGACACUCCAGCUGCUUACGUAACCCUGCCGCGCUGGAACGGCAAGAAAACUGGCUCUGUGUCCUUCGACUUUCGUACCACUGAGGCCAACGGACUCCUGCUGUUCAGCCAUGGGUAUCAGCAGGCGUUGAAAGACCGCAGACCGAGGGUGGACUUCUUCGCGAUGGAGCUGCUGGAUGGAUUCCUCUACAUGCUCAUGGACAUGGGCUCUGGUAGCAUCAAGAUGAAGGUUGGGAACAAGAAGGUCAAUGAUGGAGAAUGGUGCCACGUGGACUUCCAGAGAGAGGGAAGAACAGGCUCCAUCUCUGUUAAUAGCCGUAGCAUGCCUUUCUCCACCAACGAGGGCAGUGAAGUCCUUGAUCUGGAUGGAGAAAUGUACUUGGGGGGUUUGCCCGAGGACAGCGGUGGUCUUCUUCUCCCCCCAGAAGUGUGGACCGCUCCCCUCAGACUGGGCUUUGUGGGUUGUGUGCGUGACCUCUUCGUAGACGGCCGCAGCAAGGACCUGCGGCAGUUGGCGGAGCUUCAGAGCGCUCCAGGUGUUAGCAGCUUCUGCACGAGGGAGACCCACCGAAGGUGCAGCUCCGAGUCCUGCGCCCACGGUGGCCGAUGUCGUGAGGGCUGGAACCGGCAUGUCUGUGAUUGCACUGGAACUGGAUAUCUGGGCCCCAACUGUGAGAUGGAGUCUGCAGUGCUGAGUUAUGAUGGCAGCAUGUUUCUAAAGGUCCUGAUGCCUCACGCUGUGAACACUGAGGCUGAGGACGUGUCUCUGCGCUUCAUGUCUCAGAGGGCUUAUGGUCUGCUCAUGGCCACCACCUCCAAAGAGUCCGCCGACACCCUGCGCCUGGAGCUGGACGGGGGAAGAGUCAAACUGACCGUCAACCUAGACUGUAUCGGGAUAGACUGUAACCUUAGUAAAGGACCGGAGACUCUUUUUGCAGGGCAAAAGCUGAAUGACAAUGAGUGGCACUCUGUGAAGGUGGUACGCCGUGGGAAGAGCCUGCAGCUCUCUGUCGACAAUGUUACUGUUGAGGGUCAAAUGAACGGAGCACACACUCAGCUGGAGCUCCACCACAUAGAGACAGGCAUCAUGACCGAGCGCCGCUUUAUCUCCGUCAUGCCUUCCAACUUCAUCGGCCACCUGCAGGGUCUCUCUUUCAACGGGAUGCCCUACCUGGACCAGUGCAAGAAUGGCGAUAUCUCCUACUGCGAGCUUAACGCCCGUUUCGGCAUGCGCCGCAUUGUGGCCGAUCCGGUCAGUUUCCGGGACCGAGCCAGUUAUGUGGCGCUGUCCACCCUGCAGGCUUAUGCCUCCAUGCACCUCUUUUUUCAGUUCAAGACCACAGGCCCAGACGGUCUGAUGCUGUUUAACUCUGGAGACGGCAGUGACUUCAUCGUGAUUGAGCUGGUGAAGGGGUUCAUCCAUUAUGUGUUUGACUUGGGCAAUGGGCCGUCUCUCAUGAAGGGCAACUCUGACAAGCCGCUCAAUGACAACCAGUGGCAUAAUGUGAUGGUGUCCCGCGACGACAGCAACGUGCACACGCUCAAGAUUGACUCCCGCACCGUCACACAGCACUCCAAUGGAGCCCGAAACCUUGACCUCAAAGGAGAGCUGUACGUUGGAGGUGUGGGGAAGAGCAUGUACAACAGUCUCCCCAAGCUCAUAGCAUCUCGGGAUGGCUACCAGGGUUGCCUGGCCUCGCUUGAUCUAAACGGCAGACUUCCCGACCUUAUCGCAGAUGCACUGCACCGGGUGGGCCAGGUAGAGCGAGGCUGUGAAGCCAGUCCUGGUACAACCUGCACAGAGGACUCUUGCUCCAAUCAGGGGGUGUGUCUGCAGCAGUGGGAGGGGUUUACCUGUGACUGCACCAUGACGACAUAUGGAGGUCUCCUCUGCAGUGACCCUGGGACCACAUAUAUUUUUGGCAGAGGAGGAGCGCUCAUCACAUACACCUGGGCCCACAAUGAUCGGCCAAGCACCAGGGCAGACCGGUUGGCCGUGGGCUUCAGCACACAGCAGAGUGAUGCCAUCCUGGUGCAAGUAGAGAGCAGCCAGGGCCUUGGAGACUACCUGCAGUUGCACAUUGAACAAGGGAAGGUCAGUGUGAUCUUCAACGUGGGCACAGAUGACAUCACCAUAGAUGAGCCUGCAGUCACCGUGAACAACGGCAAGUACCACGUGGUUCGCUUUACGCGUAGCGGAGGCAAUGCCACCCUCCAGGUGGACAACCAGCCCGUCAUUGAACGCUUCCCAUCAGGGAACAUUGAUAAUGAACGGCUUGCAAUAGCCAGGCAAAGAAUUCCAUACAGACUCGGUCGGGUAGUUGACGAGUGGCUACUCGACAAAGGUCGGCAGUUGACCAUCUUUAAUAGCCAGGCAGCCAUAAAGGUGGGUGGUCAGGAUAAGGGGCGGCCGUUCCAGGGCCAGAUCUCAGGCCUGUACUACAACGGGCUGCAAGUGCUUAAACUGGCAGCGGAGGGGGAUCCUAACAUACAGGUAGCAGGGAACUUGCGUUUGGUGGGGGACGCUCCCUCCGUCCUGUCCAGCGAGGCAACUUCAGCCACCCCUCCAGCUGCGGCAGACAUGUCCACCACCAUCAUGGAGACCACCACCACCAUGGCCACCACCACCACCCGUAGACAGCGCUCUCCCAGCCUGAAGGACAGUAUUACACAGAACUCAGAUGACCUGCUGGUGGCUUCGGCAGAGUGUCCCAGUGAUGAUGAGGAUCUGGAAGAAUGUGAGCCCGGCACUGGAGGUGAACUAGUGUUGCCCAUCAUAACCGUGGACACCCAAGACCCCCUUUCCAUGGCCACCCGUUACCCUGCCAUCCCCGCCCCUCCCACCUCCCUGACCCCUCUCCAGACCACCAAAGAAUCCCUCAUACUGUCCGACCCCCGCCCACCCUGCCCUCUGGACCAGGAGGACUGUGGCGACCCCAUGGAGGUGUCGGCCUUCGGCUCCGGAGAAAUGACGGAGUCUGAUGAUGAGGACUUUUAUAAAAAUUCCCCAAUGGUCACUGACAGGACAGUCCUGCCUCCACCACCUGCCAUUGGCAAUAGCGGGGGCCAAGGUCCGGGUGAUCACCGUUCACCGGUCCCCUCACCCACCACCCACCCUAAUCAGCUGCACAUCCCGGCAGGCAAAAUGAACACCCGUGACCAGGUGCUCCUGCCCCCUGCCCCAUCCUCGCGUCACACUCCAGGGCUAACCUACCCGCCUGAUUUCUCCCAUGUGCCCACAGCUCAUCCCACCGAUCUAAUGGAGAAAGGCCGCCCCGGCGCCGUGGAAGUGAUCCGGGAGUCCAGCAGCACCACAGGCAUGGUGGUCGGCAUUGUGGCAGCGGCCGCGCUGUGCAUCCUCAUCCUCCUUUACGCCAUGUAUAAAUACCGCAACCGAGACGAAGGCUCUUAUCAGGUAGACCAGAGCGGCAACUCUGGCUCUGAAAGCAAUGGUGCCGUAGUCAAGGAGAAGAUGCCGAGCACGACCGCAGCUGUCGCCAAGACGAACGCCAAGGGCAAGAAGAAUAAAGACAAAGAGUAUUAUGUCUGAGGAUUGUGUGUGUGUGUGUGUGUGUGUGUGUGUGUGUGUGUGUGUGUGUGUGUGUGUGUGUGUGUGUGUGUGUGUGUGUGUGUGUGAGAGAGAGAGAGAGAGGGGAAAGAGGUUAACAGAUAGGAAGUGGGCUGGGUGAGGAUUUUCAGAACUUCAAAUCACCUCCUCUGCAUCCUCAAACAUUUAAGCCACAAAAUCUUCUGUUUAUUUCUCCUACAAAAGUUUUUUUUUCCUCUUCUGGCACAGAAAGAUAAAGAUGGAGGCAAUGUUGAGGAAUGAACACAGAUGGAUGGAUGAAUCCUGCCUUCUUUACUCUCUUACAAAGCCGUUGUUGUAUGUCAUUUGAUCACUUUCAUGUCUCAAGAAAGUCUUCUCUUACAUUUCAGAUGAUGUAAUGCUCUCUACAUUCUUUGUGAUUAAAAAUGUAUGUUUCGCAGUGGUCUGAGCAUCCUCUGGAAGGUAACAAAACACCAUGGACAGGGAGAGAUACCUGUCUUCGACAUGCAGUGUUUUACAAAUGUCUCCAAAUACAUGGUCUUGGUGCCAUUACUGGUUAUUUAUUUAUUAUUAACUUCAAAGAACUAUAAAAUUGAGAUAACAACAUUUUCCCUGGCCCUCACAGUAAUAAAUUAUGUAGAACAGUAAGUGAUUGUGUUAGUUAUUUGCAUGAGACAAGCAGAUGCUGCUAUCAGUUCUUUAGGAUAGUCUGUGUUAAAUCUGACACCUUUUAGUGAGAAAUAAAAUCAUUAGUUUGGAAACAUGGCAGACAAGAUUGCAUCUUCUGCUCUGUAGUCCUGUAGAGCUGGAAUACCUGAGUAGUUUGGAUUCAUUUCUGGCUGGAUAUCUUUUGUCAGGGGUAGAAAUUAAGAUUAAUCAGUCCUUGUCAUGAAACACAUGAAUCGAAUUCUUUCUUUGUUUGUCUGCCAUAGUUGAAUAAAAACGUUCUUGCUUAGAAAUGCAUAUCAGCAGUUAGACAGCAAAGCCUGCUUUGACACCUCCACCAGCAGGUAUGAGAGAGCUCAGAUGGCUGUUAGAAUGGUAAGUGCCCUUCUAAUGACCAUGAAAGGCAUUCAAGAGGAGUCUCUCGCUCUCUCUCUCUCUCUCUCUCUCUCUCUCUCCAUGGUACUGAAACAUAGUGAUCUGUUUGCCAACUAAUUGUGUUCCAUGCAUGAUGUAUUCACAUUCAGCUUUCAAUGAGAGUUUUUAUAUGAUAUGAAAUGCAAAUCGGAAAGUUGACAACUCUAAACUUAAUUGGAGUAAUUCAGAGCACACAUUUGCCAUAAGAGAGCAAGACAUGGACAAAAGGAAAACCCUUGGAAAGCUAGACUACCCUGAACUGAACAUCAGCUCGGUUGUAUCUAUGUAAAUACAGGACAUUACUGAAAACACAUCAGGAUGCUGGUUUGUGAUUAUCGUGCUGGCAGUAUGUAUGCGUGUGUUUGCGCGCGCGCGUGUGUGGGGGGGGGCGCACACGCGUGCGCAUGCUUGUGUGUGAGUGUUUGUCCCUGUUUGUCCUCUGGCAUGAGAAAGGUAUACGCAAGACUACCAGAACUCUUUCUCGUGCCCCUUAUAUUCUCUAUGGUAUGAAAUUACAGCCCAAAACCCAUCUGAAUGAGACUACUGACAGUGAAACAAACAGGAUAAGGCAAUGUGAAGAGGAAAUCAUAUUUUGAGAACUGUGUGGCAUUUCUACCAGGAGAAAAUAGAACUUGUGUAACUGCAUUGUGAUGCCAAUUCAACACCUUCCAAACCUUAAAGGAAAAGAAAACAUUAAGGAGCGAACUGACAGAACUUUUAAGGAUAAAGCAGCACAACUUGUGUCCAGACUUUUGUAUCAAUAAAGGACACCUCCUUGAAAGGAGAAUUUAAAAAAAAGAAAAGAAAGAAAAACACAGUAUACUAUCUAGAUAUUUCUCACAUUUGAAAAUAUGAGUUUCCUGAAUUGACAUUCCUUGUUAUUACAAAGAGGUCUUUGUUUAGUCCUUUCUCUGCAAAUGAAAAAAAAAAAAUAUUCACUACAGAUAUUACUUCAGUUACAUGAAGUGAUUUACAAAUGUGAAGUUCUGAAUUAAAAAAAAAAAAAUGUCUUUGGAAUUUUCUUGAAUUUGGUAAAAUACUAAGCAUUACAUCUAGCCACACCUCCAUUUUGCAUUGAGUUAUUUUUUGUUACAUCAUCAACAGGGCUUUUCUGUUUGUGAUGUUUUGUUUUGUUUUGUUUGUUCUUUUUCAAAUAUAAUUGUCAUUUACAUAUGCUGGUCAAAGUAUAUUCCCGUUCUUAAUGUAAUUGUAAAGUGUUACUGUGAGAUGAAAUCUAAAUAUGUGUACAUUGACAGA